UUCCAAAAAAAGAAACUUCCAAUGUCACCACCAACUCCAAUAAACUUAUUCCUUCAGUAGUUAGUUGUACAUUACUGUCAAGUUCAAAGUAACGACACGUCGUAGUAUCACGAACAAAUACAGUUUGAGUUUACUUCCAUUUAUUGAGUCGUUGAAGUGUUCAAGUCAUCUCGUAAUUAUCAUCUCGCUUAACCGUUUGUUGACUUUCUGUCCAUUCUUAAAAAAUUACGACUUAGUAUUCAUUCAUUAAGUGAUUUAGAAAUAAUCUUUAAAUUUAUCAUACAUAUAUAUAUAUAUAAGCAUACAUACAGUACACGAUGAUUUCAGAAAUGAUAGAUGAUAAAUAUAUAGGGUUGGGAUUAGCCAUGUCUUCAUCUUUAGCUAUAGGUACAUCAUUUAUUAUAACUAAAAAGGGUUUAAUAGAUGCAUCAGCUAGAAAUGGUGGAGGACAAGUUCAAAGUAGUGAAUAUUUACAAAAUCCAAUAUGGUGGGCUGGAAUGUUAACUAUGGCUAUUGGAGAAAUUGCAAAUUUUGCUGCUUAUACUUUUGCUCCAGCAAUUUUAGUAACUCCUUUAGGAGCUUUAUCAGUUAUAAUUGGUGCUGUAUUAGCUGCUAUAUUUUUAAAGGAAGAAUUAGGUGUAUUGGGUAAAAUGGGUUGUGCUAUUUGUUUAAUGGGUUCUGUUAUAAUUAUUCUUCAUGCUCCACCUGAUAAAGAAAUUGAAACAGUUGAUGAAAUUUUAAAUUAUGCAACUCGUCCUGGUUUCUUAUUUUAUGCCUUUUUAGUAGCAAUUUAUUCCCUUUUUAUGAUUUAUAAAAUAGCUCCAAAAUAUGGUCAUACAAAUCCAAUGAUUUAUCUUUCAAUUUGUUCAUCAGUUGGAUCUAUUUCUGUUAUGUCAAUUAAAGCUUUUGGUAUUGCCCUUAAAUUAACAUUUGCUGGAAAUAAUCAAUUUACUCAUGCUUCAACUUAUUUAUUUCUUUUAGUGGUGGCAUUAUGUAUUGUAACUCAAAUGAAUUAUUUUAAUAAAGCUUUAGAUCAAUUUGAUACAUCUAUUGUUAAUCCAUUAUAUUAUGUUACUUUUACCACAUUUACUUUAUUAGCUUCAUUUAUUUUAUUUAGAGGAUUUAAUACUUCUUCAGCUAUUGAUAUUAUUUCAUUAUUAAUUGGAUUUUUAAUUAUUUUUAGUGGAGUUUAUCUUUUAAAUAUUGCUAGAACUGAUUCAGAUGGAAAAUCUCGUGAAUUAUUUGGAGUCCAUAAUGAUAAAGAUAUGGCUCCAUUAGAUAAUGGAGUUGGAGGAUUAUCUAUUAGAAGAUCAAUGCAAAUUUCAAGAGGAGAUUAUGAUGAAGAAACUGUUGGUCUUAGACAUAUUGAUAGUUUUGAAUUAGGUAGUGAUGAUGAAGAAUCCAGUGAUUACCAUAGACGAUGAGAAACAGAAACAGAACGAGAAACAGAAACACAAAACAUAGCAUCAUAGAAGUACAAAAUAGAUCGUCUCCAACUGUAUAUUAGCAACUCUUUAUAUGAAAUAAAGUCGGUUAUUUAUGGCAACU